CGCAACCGAUGUUUGCAGUGGUUGAAGAAGGUCUUCCAGCGGUGCAGAUACAGUUAUACUCAGCAUGCUCAGGAGGCCGCAAAUUAGUAAACAAAGACAAGAACUCGUUUUCCUCUCGCCGUGGCUCUGAAACAAGACAAUCUGCUUGUGUUGACAGGAGGAUGACGGCUUUCAACAAGAUCUUUUACGAACAUCAAUUAUGUCGUGAAUGCGCAUAAUCUAUUCCAAAAUAGUACCUGUGUCAGAGGUCGCUUAUACGCCUGUGUGUCUUGACGCAGGUCGCGUUUAAGAUUUCUUGCACUCAUUGCCAUUUUUAGAGACGAACCUGAUUUGAUUCUUUCACCCAAGAGCAGAGAAAAAAGCGAAAAUGUCCCCCUCUCCCUCGAAUAAACGCGAGGACGCAGCGUCUUCUGUAAAUCUGACGAAGGUCACCUCGAAACUGCAAGUUGAAGGUGAGAAAACGUCUUCUAUCGAGGUGCACAGUCUUCCCUUCCACAUUGAAUACGACGGUCCUGCACCCGUGUCCGCGUACUUUAUUCAGGAGAAGGAUAAAGAAGUGGGUAGUUGUACUAGUGCAGCGCCUGCCACUGGAGCUGCUUCAGAUGGCAAAUCUUCAAAAAACCCGAAGAAAAUCGCCUCGUUCCGUGGCCGGGAACUGAAAGGGGAGGAGUUUUCUUUUUCGGGAGGUGCAGCAAACACGAAAAACGAUAAAGCAUCUUCUCCCGGCGCACAAUAUCACAAGGAAAAAUCCCCCCUCCCCAUAUCAAAAGGAAGUUUCUGAUGCUGGAUUUGCGUAUACAAAUCAGGUCUGUCUUGCAGUAGAGGAAAGCAGGCUCCUGCCAAGCCUGAGUAGAGAGCUUGUGGCCUAGGCGCUUAGCAUGAGACACGUCUACGCUGUAGGCCCAACAGCAUCACAAACCGCCUGCAUAAUGCGGCAGAGCCUGUGGAGUUGUCUUCUUGCAAGACAGACGUGAUUUGUGGUCUCAAAUCAGCAAGACAAAUUUUCGCAAACAUACCUUUUCGAUAUGGGGAGGGGGGAUUUUUCCCCUCAAUACACAAGUGCAAGAACUUCCAGGAUCUUCCACGAACAACACAAGCGCAGCUGCUUUUGUCAUGCGGAAAAUGAAAAACGAGGACACCGAGGAGCUGGAGUGGCGGUUGAGUGACCGCGUGUCGGACAUAACCGUCUGGAAUGCGGGGCGAGAAAUUUCGGAGGCAGAUGAGUUUCCGCAGUUGAUGCAAUGGAUGAACAUUAUUGCGCCGGCACUGCACACCUAACGAUCACCUAAACAGUCUUUUUUCCGGGUCCUCGAGAAUGGUGAUUCUAUGGACGAGUACGCGCUGCGCUAUGGAUAUGGUGCAGCUAUCUAUCUUUUAGGAACACGCCUCGUCAGAACUGCGAGGUGGACCACUCGAGCGAUGGUACACGACGAGGUAAUUAUUACCUGAAGACCACACCAGACAACUGUAGUAGGUACAUAGGUGCUGUGUGCUGAAAGAGCUUCGUCCAU